GGGCGCCUCCCAGGGGUGGCUUCUCUGGGGGCUGCGCAGCCGGGACGGGACGGCGGGUGUGCCCGUGGUUCUCCGCGGUGGAUGUGGCCGGGUUGGUUUCUGCGGCUUCCCGCGCGCGGUCUGAACGGUCGGCGUCUCGCCCCGGUGACGCGCCGGAGAGGCCCGGAGACGGGUGCUGGAGCGCAGGAGGAUGGACUCAGGCAAGUUCUGGAGGAGAUGAAAGCUUUAUAUGAACAAAACCAAUCUGAUGUGAAUGAAGCGAAGUCAGGUGGACGAAGUGAUUUGAUACCAACCAUCAAGUUUCGACACUGUUCUUUGUUAAGAAAUCAGCGCUGCACUGUAGCAUACCUGUAUGACCGAUUGCUUCGGAUUAGAGCACUCAGGUGGGAAUGUGGCAGUGUCUUGCCAAGUGCUUUACGAUUUCACAUGUCUGCCGAAGAAAUGGAAUGGUUCAAUCAUUACAAAAAGUCCCUUGCUACCUACAUGAGGUCGUUGGGAGGAGAUGAAGGUUUGGACAUCACACAGGAUAUGAAACCUCCAAAAAGCCUAUACAUAGAAGUGCGGUGUCUAAAAGACUAUGGAGAAUUUGAAGUUGAUGAUGGUACUUCAGUCCUAUUAAAAAAAAAUAGCCAGCACUUUCUACCUCGGUGGAAGUGCGAGCAGCUGAUUAGACAAGGCAUCCUGGAGCACGUGCUAUCCUGACCUCGCGCCAGAUGGCUGCCAAGGCUUCCCCCGUUCGAGGCUGGACCCAACCAAGGACACUUUUCCACCUCCCUCUCCACCUCCCCCAGGCCCACCACUUUUUGGUUUUAAAAUUUAGACUUAUUUUAACCAGGAAUGCUUGGCCAAGGAGUAUGGUUUGUUUUUCUUUUUCUUUUUUUUUUUCAUUUGAACGUUAGUUUCUCUUUUAUUUAAUUUCCAAAUAUAACUCUAUAACCUUCCAUGGUAAACAUAUUUUUUAAUCUAUGUUGUAUGCUUGCAUUUUGAAGCAUCAUUUCUCAAUAGAGAGUUUGAAUUCUUGCCAUACAGAGACUCCACAUAUCCAAUCUGCUGUCCACAGUUCUAGAGGCAAGUCCAGGAUCAAGGCUCUAGCAGAUUCCGUGCCUAAAGAGAGUGCUUCCUAGUUCAUACACCGCCAUCUUCUCAUUUUGUACUCACAAGGUGGAAGUGGUUUAUUUUUCUAUUGUACAGGAUUCUCUCCUUUGUGUGGUAAGUUGUAUCUGUAAUCACAACAUUCCUACAAUUCCCAAAAUACUAUAUACAGUUCCCAAAAUACUAUAGUGUGUUUUUGUUUAAUGAAAGUAAAUUAUCAAUAUUACAUUUUAAUCUCUUUUAAACAAUGAGGAAGUUUCACCUGGCUGUAUAGGGAGAUAGGAGGUCCUUGUGCAUCUUGUGUUGCUGGAAUUGUGCAUUGUGCAAGCCGGGGAGCUGAAUUUCUGCAAUUCAUGUUUCCAAAUCACAUGGGCAGGUGGAGCUGAUGGCCUAUAAAAUUUUCAGCGUAUUUAAUGUUUAAUAACAUGUUAACUUAUCACCUGGCUGUUAAGAAAGGAAGGACACAAUGGAUUUUGCCCAUUUCCAGCAGUGGUGGCUGAUCUGGCUCUUGCCUGUCUGCAAGCUUGUGAGGUGAGCACCAGGAUCUCCCCUUUGGAAAGGGAAAUUGAAAUUGGGGCUAGGAAAGGAACUUUGUGCAGUUUCCCCCCAACAGUCACAGUGACCAGAAAGUCACGUGAAGAGCUGGUCAACUAAGUGGAGCGCAGUUUCUGUUGCCUGAUAAACUGAAAAUGGUAGACAUUGGAGAGGCACAGAGUGGGCUUGCCUGAUGGUCAGUGGCCUUUCCGCACCAGUCCCCUCCAUGACCAGUGACUAGAGCCAGUCAACAUAAAUCAAUAAAACCUACAAAAUUUUAACUUUUCACUUCAAAUAAGGAAUAUACUUAUUAUUUUAUUCUGGGAAUUAAACAGAAAAGUACAACAUAUAUCAAUAAUUUACAUACAGGAAUGAUGCUGGGCUAUAAUCUCAGAGGCAUUCAGGUUUAAAAUCCAGAUAAACACAGUACCUGACACACUCUGUGCAGUUUAUGUCUUAAACAGGUGAAUGUUUCUGGCCAAAAUUAUACUCAAGAAAUCAAGCUAUAGAGGGGCUCUACCUAGGGUGUGGAUCUGCAUAUUUUCACAACACACGUACUUAGGUCAGUAGGCAGCCCUUGACAGACUGUUUGUUUUUGUUUAUGUAUUUUUAUGGCCGCGCCACUCGGCUUGCGGGAUCUUACUUUCCUGACCAGGGACUGAACCCAUGCCCUCAGCAGUGAAAGCACAGAGUCCUAACCACUGUACUGCCAGGGAAUUCCCUCAUUUUAAAAAAUAAUUCCUCCCAUAGGUUCGUAGCUGCAUCAGAUUUUCAUCUGAAUCCCUGGUAAUAAACAAUAUGGAAUAUUUCCCUAGUGAUUGGGAUGGAUGAUGUUUUAACUGUCCAUCAGUGGUCACUUCCUUCCCUUGCAUUUUGCUCUUCCAAGCAUGUGGAACCAUGUGCAGGUGAUCCUAGAGUCCGUGUGAAUCAGCCGUGAGGACAGACAGCAGUGAAGGCCAUUGCCCUGUUGCCAGCCCAGCAUCAUUCCUGUACGUAAAUUAUUGAUAUAUAUUGUACUUUUCUGUUUAAU